CACUGAAUACUGAACAAAGACAGAAUGACUUUUGUGUCGACUUGUGUCGACUGUGUCUCCUAAAAGGAAAGCAGCCAUUGUUUAUCAGUUGUUUCGAAGUAACAGCAUAUAUAUAAGUUUGCAGACGUAUAUUCAAUUAUUUCAUUAAAAUUAUAACAUUUGUGAUAUCAAUAAACACAACGCUUUAGGUAAAAAUGCGUACUUGUGCAGACCCUAUUUCAGGUGCUAUAAAUAACGUGUUCCGAGGCAAAGAACCAUGGCAAAUAGUAGCUAUGACAAGUACUGCUACAUUAGCUGCAGUGUGGCUAUGGAAUUUUGUAUUUCAAGAUGAAAGUCUUUUACAACGUGGAAAGAAACAGCUGUUUAAGUUGGCACGUUAUAUUCCCUCCAUUCGGGAUCAAAUAAAUAACGAAUUAACUAAUAUUAAUGAAACCUUUGAAAAGGAUGUUUUACAUAGACUGCAAGGUACCCCAUUUAUUGUUCAUCUUCCUAAAGAUGGAUUACAGAAUGGACAAAUAUUGGAAUUGGUAAAAGAAGCUGUUUAUCUUGGUGACUAUAAUUGGAGAGAAGGUCGUGUGUCUGGUGCAGUUUAUAGAACUGAGGAUGAACUGAUAGAAUUGAUGGGAAAGGUAUAUGCAAUUUCAUCAUACAGCAAUCCUUUGCACCCAGACAUCUUUCCAGGUGUUUGCAAAAUGGAGGCAGAAGUAGUCAGAAUAGCCUGUGGCUUGUUUCAUGGAGAUGAAGAAACUUGUGGAACUAUGACUACAGGAGGUACAGAAUCAAUACUGUUAGCAUGCAAAGCCUACAGAGACUAUGCUCGUGAAGUUAAAGGCAUCAAGAAGCCGGAGAUAGUGAUGCCGGUUACUGCUCACGCAGCCUUCGACAAAGCCGGACAAUAUUUGAAUAUAAAAAUUUGUCUCGUACCUGUAGAUCCGCAAAGUUUUACGGUCUCCAUUGAAGCAAUGAAAAAGGCAAUUACACGAAAUACAAUAAUGUUAGUAGGCUCCGCACCCAACUUUCCUUAUGGCACAAUGGAUAACAUUGAAGCAAUUUCUAAAUUAGGUACUUUGUAUGAUAUACCUGUUCACGUAGAUGCGUGUCUAGGCGGUUUCUUAGCCUGUUUUAUGAACAAUGCUGGGUAUUACAUAGAACCUUUUGACUUCAGACUUCCAGGUGUGACAAGCAUAUCCGCUGAUACUCACAAGUACGGAUAUGCUCCGAAAGGAUCCUCAUUGAUAUUGUACAGACACAAAAAAUAUCGGCAUCAUCAGUACACGAUAAGCACGGACUGGCCAGGUGGUAUUUACGGUUCCCCGACUGUAAAUGGUUCUCGUGCUGGCGGCAUUAUAGCCGCUUGUUGGGCAACGUUAAUGUAUUUUGGUCUGAACAGAUACGUAGAGUCCACUAAGGACAUUAUCGAAACUACGAAAUAUAUUGAGAAAAAGUUGAGAGGAAUGAAUGGAAUUUUCAUAUUUGGUAAGCCAGCGACAUCUGUCAUCGCAAUUGGAUCCAAGGACUUUCACAUCUACAGACUUUCUGAAGCUCUCAGCGAGAAAGGAAGGUGGAACUUGAACACGUUGCAAUUCCCAUGCGGUAUACACAUAUGCGUCACGCAUGUGCAUACAAAUCCAGGAGUUGCCGAUCAAUUUGUGGAAGAUGUCAGGCUUGAAUUAGAAACGAUUCUGAAAACUCCAGAUACUCCGGUAGAAGGAAAGCUCGCAGUAUACGGAAUGAGUCAAAGCAUUCCAGACAGAAGCGUCGUCGGUCAGUUCACGAGAUGCUUUUUGGAUUCAAUGUAUUACACUAAAACCGAGAACGACUCAUAAUUUUAUAAAUUUGUGUGAAAUACAAAGACAAAUAAUAUUCUUCUACUUAAUUUUUUUAAUAUAAAAUUUUUUUUUAAUAUAAAAUGCAUAUUUCUUGUACAAUAGAAACAAUUGAGCUUAAAACAGAAAGACUGAUCAUAUAUUUUUGCGUUAAUUACAAUUUCCAUAUCAAUAUACAAUAUUUUAUAUACAAAAAAAAUAGACAUAUAUAUGUAGUAAUAGUAAAACAUACAUUUCGAAAUUAUACAAGUGCCAUGAAAGUAUUAUGCAUUUUAUAUUAAUAUUUGAAAUAAAUAAGAGAAAAGCUGCCAUACAAAAUGUAUUAAAAAUAUAUAUUACAUAUUUUACUGGUACAUUUUACUAUAGUACAUAUU